AGCGGAGAGCAGCCGGGCGGCGAGGAGACGGUGGGGGGAGGCUACGUCCACCAGCGGGCUUGGGGGAGGAGCUGGUUGGCAGUUGUAAAUUUGAGGGCCAUGUGCAGAAAUGGCUGGUGACCGUGAGGAGGCUUUGGGCAGCGAUAUCUGCCCCAUCCCCAUUUCCCUGUGAGGGCAAGUUAGUAGAUUAGAGGCCCAGGCAAAGGCACACAGAGCCAUAGUCCACCCCCGCUGUCAGAGACAGUGAACACAAGCCCCGGUGUCAGAGCCAAGUCCUGAGGAGACCCCUCCCCCCCCAACCCAUGAUGCCAUAGUGAAGGCACAUUUGCAUGCUAAGGGUACAAGGCACAUACAGCGCCUGACCUCAUAGAGACUGAAGCACAUUAAACAUGGUCACUGACCCUUGUUCAACUUCAGUGGCAUUUCCUCAGCUACUUUACUGAGAAGCUGUAGGCUGCCCAUGUAAUCCUAGCCUGAAAACGACUUUUGUAUCAGGACCUUUGAGGAUGAAUAAUACCAGUUUGCCUUUGCUGGGGAACCUACCACAGUGGUCAAGAGUAGGACGACUGGAUAAAUCAAGCCAUCUUCAACUUGGCAUCGAGAAUGACCAAGGACCUCAGCCUCACUCUCAGUCCCAAUCUGUUGAAGUCUGGAAAAAAGACCCACAUAAACUAGUCAUGGAUUUGGAGAGAAGCCUGAAGUUCCUACAGCAGCAGCAUGCUGAGACCCUAAUGAAGCUUCAUGAGGAAAUUGAGUAUCUCAAAAGGGAAAACAAAGAGCUUCAUUAUAAACUCAUAAUGAAUCAGUCGCUGCAGGUAAAAGGUGAUAAUUUAACUCCCACCUUGUCUGACAAGUUCCUUUCAAGGCAAGGUUCAGCAGCUGCUGCAGGCUCUAGGUAUUCACUGAGAAACAGGCAGCAGAUGGACCAGCCCAAAAAGCAAAAACUGAAUACAGAAGAACAGGUGGUCAAUGUGGUGCAAGGGGAACCAGAGCCUCCCCCGCCAAAGGUGGAGAAGCCACAAGAGGAGGUUCUUUCUAGAGAGGACAAAGAAGUUGCUGAUAAAAUUACAUCUCCAGUACUUUCACUGCCAUGCCAGAUUAAAUCUGGGCAAGCUCAGGUACCACCAGCCUCCUCCAACCCUUUCCUCGUGAGUGUCCUCCCCUCCCAUAUCCGGAAACCACCUACAUUGGAAGAGUGUGAGAUUGUCAUUCACCAGCUAUGGAACAUCAACCACAUGCAGGCACAAGAGCUGAUGUAUUUGAAAUCGUAUCUGGAGGACAUCCACAAGAACAAAAGGAUUCCUGAAGACUAUCUGCUAGCCAGCCAGAUUGGAAAGGCAUCAACACAUGGAGAAUCCACCACUUCCCUUGGUAGUUGGUUCCAAUGGUUAAAUCAUCCUCACUGUUACAGAAUGUGUCUGACUUCAGCUUCCAGCCCUUGGUUCUUGUUCUGCCUUUCUCUGCUAAAUGAAAGAGCCCUUUAGUAGCUGGUAUUUUUGUUUGAAGGUAUUUAUACACUGUAAUCAAGUCACUUCAGUCUUUUUGAGAAGCUAAACAGCUAAACUCUUUAAAUCUCACAUUUUCUCCAGCUCUCUAAUCAUUUUUGUGAUUCCUGCACUCCCUCCAAUUUCAUGGACACCAGAACUAUACAUACUAUGCCAGUAUGUCUCAUCAAUGCCAUUUACAGAGGCAUUCCUACUUACUGCUCCCCUGUUUAUACAUCCAAAGAUCGCACUCGGACCCCAUGUUGAAUUGCAUGACCCCUAAAUCCUUUUCAGAGCAAUUGCUUUCUAGGAUACAAUCCCCAUAGUUAUGGCUUAGUCUUUGUUCCUAGACGUAUAACCAUGCAUUUAGUUGCGUUAAGGUGCAUUUUGAUUGAAUGGGCCCAGCUUAUCACAUGAGCUAGAUCUGUCCAGAUGCUGUGAUGCAGCUUCUCCUAUUCUCAAUGUUCACAUGCAGCAAGAUUUAUUACGUUAUUUUCAAAUGCAAGUUACAGAGGGCCAGCACAAUCCAUCAAUGCUCUGCUACUAUGCUAGAGUGAAGUAGCCAAGGUAUCAUAUCUGCAAAUAUUUUUU